AUGGUGGGAGAGCAACACCUUCCGUUUGUCCUCUACGCGGUAUGCACUGCUGUGCUUCUUGCUCAAGGAAGUCAAGGUACCAUGAAGUAUUUGCUUAUUGAAAUUUUUUUACGAAUAUGCCUUUAAAUGCUGAUAUUUGAUUUUCAUUUUCUACGUUAAAAUUCAUGAAAGUUUCAUUUCAAGAAAGACGCAGGAAUCGGGGGUGGGGCGCACAAGGAAAGGGCAAGUUACGGAACUAUGUUCAAGACCACUGCGCUCAAGGCGUUUUGAAAUUAUUGAAAAAUAUUGCAGCCACCGUAAAUAGCCAAGAGGCAAAGGUAGCUUACUUUCACUCACUUUCUUCUCUUAUAGCAAUCAGUCGCCUGGUUAGCUCAGUUGGGAGAGCGCCGGUCUACUGAGCGGGAGGUCGCGGGUUCAAACCCCGGCCGGACCAACACUCAGGGUCUUUAAAUAACUGAGGAGAAAGUGCUGCCUUUGUAAUAAUAUCUGCAAACGGCUAGACUCUCUAGUCUUCUCGGAUAAGGACGAUAAACCGUAGGCCCCGUCUCACAAGCCCUUGCACAUGUAUUAAAUCUGUGGGACGUUAAAGAACCCACACACUCUUCGUAAAGAGUAGGGCACGUAGUGCCCGGUGUAGUUGCCUAUCUCACUUUCACACUCAUGUAUGGGGGCAUCAUUACUCAUUCCUUCACUACUUGUAAACUGCACCUUAAGCAGUCUGGCAAAGUCCCCCAACCAGUGUUGUAAAUUAUCCCUGAAAAGCCCUGAGGGGAGUGGAUAAUAAGAUAUUUACAAUUUACAAUUACAGUCUCAAAGCUGGAAAAACCAACGUCACUGUCAAAAGCCCAGGAUUGUUCGCUUGUGAGACAAUCACAUUUGCUGAACCGUUCUCUGGUGGAAAGCAAGUAAAAGUCUUUGCUUCCUUUGGUCACUCGGUUAACAACAAGGCCCGUGGUAAUGGUGCUGCUAUUUGGGUGGUAUCGGCAGAUAGCACUCAAUUCCGCGCUUGUAUCUACGAGUACAGCAACGGCUCAAAUUCAACGGCUGAGAUAAACUGGAUUGCCCUACAAUCUGCUCCCAAAGGAGCACUACUAGGAACCACUUCCUUGGACUCUUGGACUACCGGAACAGAAUGUAAAAAGAUCGACUUUCCUCAGGUACGUUCAAUUAUGCUAUGAACACCUACAAGGUGCCCAUGCAGGAUUAAUCUUAAAAAGGCAGAAACUGGUGAGUCACUACGUAAGGUAUAGUCAGAAGAUGUAACUCACGACCGCAAAUGCGAUUUCUCUCAAGGAACUUAUAAAAACUGUUCAAUCAAUGAAUUUAGACAGAAAAUUGACGUAACUUAAGUUGAAAGUUCAAUUACCUACAGUUAGAUACAUGCUAUUAUGCACGGACUUCAUGAUUUAACGGGAAAUGACGAUAAAGGUCUAAAAGGUGAAUCGUUAAUUUGUUUUCAGAACGAUUAAUACAAUGAAACAGCUUACUCAGUUUGUACUGUGAACUUUUGUUACGCGGCUCUCUCAUUGUCUUCCUGUAUUUUGUUUGUCUGUUUUUGUUUUUAUUUUUUGGAAUAUGCAGUAUUAUAACUAAGACAGAUGUCCACUCCAUGACCCACACUAGCCCAGCCAUGCAUAUUAUCACCUACCCCCGCAUCCCCCCUCCUCCACGACCUCAAACCCUCUCACUCUUUUUAUCCGUAUUUGAUUAUUACAUUCCCAUAUAUACGAGUCUAAAAGCAAUAAAGCAUUGGCAAUAGAUGUCAGUUCUUACGCUCGCCGCCGUAAAUCUAUUUAGAGGAUCUUUCAUGAAAUAUAAUCAUUAAACACGGUACACAAACUGAAAUGUAAUUAUUUAGGAAAGAUAAAAGAUAUAACUUGUAUUUUUGGCCAAAUUUGUUUUGUAAUUUAAAUAACUUUACACAAAGUAAUUGUAUUUUACGAUAGCUCGUACUGUUUGUAAAAUAUUUUUGUCCUUUUCUCCCGGCUUCAAUGUGAGUGUCUUCUUCCAAAAGAAGUUUUUUCUGUAUGUGGGUGAAAGUCCGCGUAAUAUUAUGAAUCACGCGUAAACAAAUCAGAAAGAUUCUUUUUGUUGUUGUUGCAGUUCUGCUGUUGUUGUCGUACAGAGAUGAAGCACUGUUUACUAGAUUACUCGAUUUAACCUAAGGCACGGUCCCUGAUUAUAUUUUUUGGUGUUUAAAGCGUGAUGAAUAAGUUGUAAAUUUCUUUUGUCUUUUUUUUCAGCGUCCUUAACUCAUUCAUCUUUUUUCUUUCCUUAUUUAAAGCGUUUUGCGACUCCUCCAAUGGUACUUGCGACUCCUAGUCACCAGUUUCCUGAGAGACCUCAAGACGCCACGGCAGUGUGGGUGGAGGAGUUGACAGAAGACAGUUUUAAAAUCUGUCUUAGGGAAGUGAAAAUUUUCGACGGACUUCACAAAGGCAUUACUAUUGUAAGCAGAGUUAAAAUACUUUUUUAAAGCCCUGUAUCCAAGUGCAUCGAC